CUUUAAGGCCGUGAUCAGUUAAAGGGUGUGGAAUGGGGAUUACUAUUUUCUAUUAUAAUACAUUUCACCAUGUGGUGCUGAGAGAAAGUGAUGUGUGUGACGAUGACAAGUCCUUUCUGUCUCUGUACAGAAUGUCGUCUUGUAUUGUGAAGGGUUGUACAGGAAACUGGAAAAACCCUGACAGGAUUCUCCACGAAUUUCCUAAAAACAUCGCCACCAUCAAGUCUUGGUUACGGCAGACCCGUCAGGACUUCGGGGAUCUGGACGCCUUUUCCAGAAAUGUGCUUUGCACACAAGCCUACAGAAUGUGCUCACUGCACUUUGCCCCAGAGUGUUACCUUUAUGUGGAUAGUUCCAGUAGGAUCCUUAAAGGGAAUGCUGUGCCCACCAUAUUUUCCCAGCCGUCUUCUCCUACUCCGUCCCCAUCCGAUUUUCUGAGGGUGAAGAUUAAAAAAGAAGAUUGCCCCUUGAGUCUUUCCCCGCCUUCACCAGCAGAUAGUGGCACAAGCUUCUCCGGAAGAUGUCCUCCUUUUAUGCCUGCUCCCUUUCAUGAUGAUCAGCGGGAUGGCGAUGGCACAGAUUCCAUAGGUUCUCAUGAGCAGGAAAUGACAGAUUCCACACCUAAAUGCUUUAUCGCAGGUUGUCCGAAUGGUGCCGUGGACCAACCCCUGUACCCUGGAGUGACCCUGCAUCAUUUUCCAACUGACAUUUCCAGAGUGAAGGUCUGGCUGCGGCAAAGCGGGCAACAUCUUGGCAACCCUGACUUGGCUGCUCGUCACAUUCUGCGCAAUUGGACAAACUUUCGUAUGUGUUCUUCUCACUUCGGCCCAGACAGUUAUUUCAUCCAUGGUUCUGUAGUGGAUCUUAAACCCAAUGCUGUGCCAACUAUCUUCCCAAAAUUUGAAGAUCCCACUAUCAUAGAGGAAUUUCAGCCAGGGAGCACCAAGGACACCAGCUGUGAUACAUCAUUUAUUUCCAAAGAAGAGAUUGAUGAGUGUGUAGACGAGAAGCGUAGAGUUAGACAUAUUGGCAUCACCACUGACACCCACUUGGGGGUACGCAGUGUUGGGAUCCUCACCAGACCCAUCUUGGUGAAGGAGGCCUCCACCUGCACGUCCAUGUCACGGUUUGGAAAAAAUGUUAAGUGCAUAAAGUUACAACAGCAAAUGGCUGAUAAGGGUGUCCAGUGCUCCACAUUUGAGUUGGGUUUCGAUGGUGAUACUCGAAGCUCCAGACCUGAUUAUUUUUACCAGGGCAGUCCGUUCCUGCCUUCAGGAGAAAUGAGCUUCAAUAAACCACUGUUUGGUGCUACCCCACAAUGGAGCGAGGAACAUGGGCUCAAUGGGGCAAAUCAAGAGUCUAUCGACUCGGCUGAAGGCGUCCGCGUGAAGGACAGCAGGUUAUUUCUGGCCCUGGAAGAUGUUUUGAUCUCUCUCAUGCAACAUAUGGUCAGCUCCUCGUUCAUCGAAGAGAACGCCAAACUGACAACACAUCGUAUCCUGAGACAAACUCUGGAGAUUGUUGGUCUACUGACCGGAGAUAAAUGGGUGAUUACAGAGAAAGAGGAAGACCUUGAAAGCAUAGAUGAGGUGCCGGUGAAAUGCGGUGACAUUGGCGUCUAUUUCACUCCGGAUGAGUGGGACUAUAUUGAAGCUCACAAGGAGAUGUACAUUGACAUAAUCCCCGACGACCCUCUAUUGACAGAAUCCCAGCAAGACUUGGCUUCAGGGGAAGAGUCGGCGAGCGAAGAAGAGACAAAACCUUCCCGGAAUCGUCGGAACUCCCCAGAAUGGAAGCCGCAGAGUGACCACAGCGAGUUCAGCGAUUCUGAGAUCUCCUCUGAUGAUUCUGACGACUCGAAAAAACACAAAACUGAAGAUGUGCUUGUGGGAAAUCCUGACAUAAGGGUCGAGUACUCCGCAGACGGGAGGUCACGAACAUUUUGGUGUCUGAGGUGCAACAUAGCCUUGAAAGAUAGGCGGGGUUUCCGAAACCACUUGAAGACGCAGAGGCACCUGAAUUUCCUCGUUGAUGAGGAGGAGGUGACCUGUGAGGAGUGCAGUCAGGUGUUCAGCACUCGAUCGGCACUGACUAAGCACAAAGCAGAGAAGCACGCCAACAAGCGCUACGCCUGCACCAUCUGCGGCCUGGAAUAUGAAUACAUGUCUCAGUACAUCAUACACCAGAGGGCGCACACCGGGGAAAAGCCGUUUGAGUGUGACAAGUGUGGGAAGAGGUUCGGCCACAAAUGCUCUCUGCUUGUCCACCACAGGAGGCACAUCAAGGGAAAAACGGUGAAGUGUGGCAAGUGCGACCGGUUGUUCGACACCAAGUCGGAGCUGCGCAGACACGAGAGAAUUCACGUGCCAAAAAAGCCCUAUAAUUGCCCUGUGUGCGGGAAACAGUUCAAUCAGAAGUCACUUUUCACAAAACAUAAGGGGGAGCAUGAGAAGAAGGCAAAGCGAGCCUCCCGGAGGUGAUCAGACCGUCACAUGAGGAUCGCUUGGCACCAAACUCUCCUCCUGGCGAGCAGCAGAAGGGCAGCUGAACAAGAUUGGAUGCUUGCCUUUGCUUACUAGACAUGUGCACUGGCAAAAAAUGUGUUUGUUUUCAUUUUCGUUUCAUUCGUUUUUUUUGGGUCAUUCGUUAUGAUCG